CUGUGUUGCACGAACGCACUUUCAACUGAGAGCCGCAAUGACAGUCGGAGCUUUGAGUCUGAAUAUUAUGAAGAACAGUGUGCAGUCCUGUGCUUGAGAAAAGCAUGAAUUCAUAUGAAACUACAGUCUGCUGUUAAAGAGCUGACUGACUGCAAGCGAUUGAUUCAGGAGGAAGCGAUGUUUAGUCCUCUAAGCAGUAAGCAGCAGCUUGCAGGUCCCGGUCUCACAGAUCUACAGCAGUACAGUCAAUGGCUGGCCAGUCGACAUGAGGCCAGUCUACUGCCCAUGAAGGAAGACCUGGCCCUUUGGCUCUCCAGCAUGUUGGGUGUCGAGAUUACAGCUGAAAGCUUCAUGGACAGGUUAGACAACGGUUUCCUGUUGUGUCGGCUGGCUGAGACUCUGCAGGAGAAGUUCAGGCAAAACAAUGCAGACUUGAUUCCACCGGGAAAGUUGAUCCCCAGUCGGAGGAUUCCCUGCCGAGCAAGCGCCCCAUCCGGUUCCUUUUUUGCCAGGGACAACACAGCCAACUUCCUGUCGUGGUGUCGAGAGGUGGGCGUUGGUGACACCUGUCUGUUUGAGUCUGAUGGACUGGUUUUACACAAGCAGCCUCGAGAGGUUUGUCUAUGCCUGCUUGAGCUUGGGAGAAUCGCAUCUAGGUAUAAAGUAGAGCCACCUGGACUCAUUAAACUGGAGAAAGAGAUUGAACAGGAGGAGAAGGCACCUGAACCUCCACCUUCUCCUGUGCCACCCACCUCCAACUCUCCAUCCAUCUCUCCUCUCAACUCUCCAUUCAGCAAAACCAACUCGAGUAAAAAGAGUACCGGGAAACUUCUGGAUGAUGCCGUAAAGCACCUUGCUGAAGACCCACCUUGUAAGUGCCCAAAUAAGUUCUGUGUAGAAAGGCAAUCGCAGGGCCGCUAUCGUGUCGGGGAGAAGGUGCUUUUCAUCCGGAUGUUGCAUAAUAAACACGUGAUGGUGCGUGUUGGCGGAGGCUGGGAGACGUUCGAGAGCUAUCUGCUUAAGCACGACCCGUGUCGUAUGCUCCAGAUCUCUCGCGUGGAAGGCAAGAUAUCGCCCAUCACGGGAAAAUCUCAAAGCAUCAGAGACCUCACGCCCGACAGCUACCUGGUGGUGGCGGCCCACUACAAAAGCAAGAAGUAAAGAAACGUGCUGCGACGACCGACAAACAGAACUUUGAUUUGUAGCAUUAGUUGUAGACACCACAGGAACAUUUCAACAGGCUUCUGAAACAAGUGUUUGCAGAGAAAAACAAUCUGUAAAACAAGAAUUAAAGCAUAAAAUGCUAGUUUGAUACAGUGAAUACAAUCUGACUGGAGUCUGGAACUGGAAUCCAGAAGUUUUAUUCUUUUACGAUGUUCUUCAUCUCAUUCAGAUGAUAUGACCUCUAUCCUGGGAAAGCUUUAUUUCACUGAGGAAGUACAUUGCUUAGUAAUCUUGAUCGCUGGAGGAAUUCAAGAAUUCAUUUCUGUCUUGGUGUUUGUUGUGCUUUACUAACAAUAUAAAUGAUUCAGUUGUUAGGUUUUUACUUGUUUGAGGUUAUGCUUUGUUGUUUGAUGUCAUAAAACAAUCUUCUUUGGCAUUUAUUGUAGUAUUUGUAUUAAAGGAGUAGUUCACUUUCAAAAUAAAUGUUCAUGAUAAUUUACUCACCCCCAUGUCAUCCAAGAUGGUUAUGUUUAUUUUUCUUUAGCCGAAAAGAAAUGAAGGUUUUUGAUGAAAACAUUCCAGGAUUUUUCUCCAUAUAGUGGACUUCAAUGGACUCCAGCGGUUGAAGGUCAAAAGCUUCAAAGGGCUUUAAACUAUACCAGACGAUGAAUAAAGGUCUUAUCUAGCGAAACGAUCGUCGUUUUCUAUAAAAGAUUAAAAUUGAUAUGCUUUAUAAACACAAAUGCUUGCCUUGCUCAGUUUUUACGUAAUUACGUAUUUUGUGAAGUCAUGAACACGCAUCACAGAACAGAGCAAGGCGAGCAUUUCUGUUUAUAAAGCAUAUACUUUUUUUUUAAAUACCAAUGGUUUCACUAGAUAAGACCUUAAUUCAUCAUCUGGUAUUGUUUAAAGCCCUUUGAAGCUGCACUGAAACUGUCAUUUUGACCUUC